AUGAAAUAUAGGAGAAUAGAGAGUUCGCAUUUGUCGAGAUCGCCUAGUUCUUCACUGCCGUACAAGCUCUCUCGAAUUCCGGAUGACAGAUCCGAGCAACUUAUGAACGGCGCAUUAUCUCCCUUACAUACAAGACGUGGACCUCUGAAUGAUUUGGUGACGCCAACGCCAGAUUUUGCCGAAUUUGAUUGUGUGCGUGAAUGUCCCAAACUGCUAGCCGUAACAAGUGAUGGAGACUGCCAGAAUGUUGCAGUUGCAUUCUCUGACUUGGACAAAUUACAAAUAGAGUUGGAGCAAAUACUGGUGCACACGACUGAUCAUCAAAAAAAAAUUUAUGGAGAGAUUACUUUCUUGACUACUGGCGAUUACCCUUCUGAUGAUAUCUCCAUCAGGCUCAUGCCUGUAUAUGAGCUUAAAACUUCGGAACCUCUACCCAGCUGCAGUAAAGAAAUUGAGAGAGAACCAAUAGUGGAAGAUUCGUGUAUGGAUGGUGAAAUAAAUUGGCUGGAUGAAGGUUUUGAUGUUUGGCCACCAGUCAAUUUGUCCCAAAAAUUCUGGGUUUUCGCUCGCGAAUAUCUUGAUCCCGUAGAUGAAGAAUACUUGCAUCAGUGGUGGUUAAGUAUUGUUCAGCUUUUUAAGAAUGAUAGUGUCUCGAAGUUGCAGUCUGGUUUAUGUCCAGUGACAGCAAAGAAAAGUAAUUGUUGUGACGCCGUACUGCACGAUGGUAAAGCCAGCUCUCUACCUUCUUUUUCGAAAUGGUGUGCUCCCGCAUCACUUCACUGGAAUAAGUCUUUCAUAGUGAGUAAAAAUAUCGCCUCACCCGCAAGGUUAAAACUGUUUAACAGUGACUCAUCGCCACCGCCGAAUAAAAUAGCACGAUUUGAAAAAAAACCGUCGUCACAAUCACCAAGGAAAACUACAUCAUUGCUCAAUGAUCUCAUCAGCGCGUAUGUCAGUGAGAGAAUUGGUAACUUAGAGAAAGAUUCGUUCUCACUGGUUCAGCUUGAAACUAACGACUGGUUAAUCAAAAAUGAAGGAGCUGAAAGGGAGGAUGCAUUUCCAGUCGCUCAUCUUAAUGGCCUAAAUUAUGGAGGAAAUGUUGCAGCCAAUUGUGGAGACACAUUAGAAAUGCUAAAUUGUGCUUUAGCCGAUUACCUCCGUAGAUUUGAUGAAGAGCCUGAUGUAAACAAAUGCAGCAAAGUUAUCCAAGAAAUCGGACCAGAAGGUGUGGAAGAGUUAGUUAGGAAAUCUCCAUCCGGCAAAAAAGAUUACAGUGAGGAUGAAGUAUCUGCAGCCUUAAAGAAAUUGCAAACGGAGCUUACUGAAAAAGAGAUAUCGUGGCGUAAUGUGGUUGCUAAAAUUUGGCAUCGUUUACUCGCGGAGUAUUUGCGCAUGAAGUUAGAGCAAGCACUUGACAAAGCAGAUCAGGACAUGUUUGAAAUAUAUGACAAAUAUUAUUCCGAAUUUCCAAGACGACGACCAAUGAAUGAACAGGAAAGGGAGGAAUGUCGAUGUGUUUUUCAACGAAGGAAUGCUGUAGCCCAGGCGUAUUACGGCAAAAAAUAUUCUUUAAACAAAUGGAAUAAGAUAGGUUGUGUCAAGGAUCUGAAAUUCGACAUAUGUCCGAAAAACAAGGGUCUGGAUAGAAAUAACGAUUAUAAAAUAUGUCUUAUAAAUAAUGUCGAGUUCUGCAGUGAGUAUGAAAUUGGAAGUUAG